AUGACGUUUGCUAGUCGGGCCAUUUCCAGACGGACAUGGCAAGAGUUGCUUGGUUCCAGAAACUUUGCUAUUUUUUAUAGUUGGAGAUGCACAUCCAGUGGACCCAUCCAACAAUGUGCAGUCGAAGACUGCUGGCAGGUCAGUUCCCAUGGCCGGGUGUGCAACACCAGAGGAGCAAUAUCAUAUGGAUACUUAAGGUCAACAGGCUACUGCACCGUCAAGAUGUCAGGCAAUUAUUUUUGUGUCCAUCGCUUGGUUGCCUUUGCUUUUCUCGGUCCUCCCCCUGAUGACUUGACAUGGCAGGUGCAUCACCGUGAUGGCGACAAGGCCAACAAUCACUUGGACAACUUGGAGUAUGUGACGCCUAGCCAAAACAUCGCUGCCUCUUAUGCCAGCCAAACUAGACGUUGUGGCGGCGCUCGGCAAUCCUUACCUGUGAUGUGGAGAGCUGUUGAGUCCCAAAGCUGGAACAUCUCCCCCUCAAUGACGCAGGCAGCCGUAGAGCUUGGCAUUAGCCGGCAUUCAGUUGCGAAUGGCUGCCGUCAAGGCAAAGCCGUGAAAGGCAAUGAGUUUCAACUUGCGGUCAACAGUGAGAGAGGAGCACUUGAGGGAGAGGAUUGGCAACAAAUGUAUGAUCCUAUGUCAGGCCUGAAGGUGCGUGGACGGAUGGUAAGUUCGCUUGGCAGGAUCAAAUCCAAAAAUGGGCUGAUAUCUUGGGGAUGUUUGGAGAAGUCAGGGUACUACAGGACCUGCAUCACCUUAAACUCUGACAAACGCGUGGAGCUUGUCCAUCGUCUUGUGGCAUUUGCAUUUUUGGGACCGCCUCCAUCACAAUGUCGUGUAUAUGUUAACCACAAGGACCUGGACAAAGGAAAUAAUUCAGCUGAAAACCUGGAGUACGUGACACAAUCUGAAAACAUGGCACACUUUUACUUGAACACAGGCAUCAGAAACCGCAUCAGGGGCAGACCAGUCGAGAGCAGGCUAAAGAACAGCAAAGAAUGGACAAAACAUUCAUCUAUCCGCGGCGUUGCCGCUGCAUUUGGCAUUUCCACCAAGAGCAUUUCCAGAUGUCUCAACCGACACCAGGCAAGUGCUUGUGGCUACGAGUUCAGGUUGGCCACCCCAGACAUCCUUUCAGGCGAAGAGUGGCGUUGCAUUGAUCUCCCAGCUUUGCUGCAAGAAAAAGCCACACGAAAAGGGCGGUGA